CGUGAAAGUUUACUCCAAAAGUUAUCAUAUCCCCUCUCCUCACACCUACACAGUAACACAGCCAUGGCGUCCUCAGCAAUUUGGACAUCAACAAUUCAGCAAAACCCCCAAAACCUUCCUCUACUAUUCCCUCUCCUCCCAAUCUCCCCCCUUUCCCACUCUCGCACCAUCCAAUUUCACAGACCAAACCACAAUCACGCCCUCAAGCACCUGCACUCAACUUUCCAACCUCUCUACGCCUCCGUUUCACCACCUCGCCCACAAGACGAGGAUGAAGACGAAGACGACGAAGAACCUGCCAUCGGUGACUGCCUCGUCUACGAAGAGGGCAUUUUCAACGACCCGUUUAUUGAAAUCACCACCAAUUCUAGGCGCUCCACUACAUCGACUGCCAACAAAGACGCGGAUGUCGCCGCGGAAAACCUAAUUCCGGAGGAGUGGCUGGAUGUGCAGAAGGAAUUGAACAUCUCAAAGAAGGAGCGACGGAAGAUGGCGCAGGAAUUGGAGUACGGCACGCGGGUGAUGAAGCGGAGGCAGGCUCUGAUGCCUCUGAAUUCGGAGGGGCAGGAUGAAAUUGAGCAAGCGAGGCUGGAGAAAUUUGAGAAAAUUAAGCAGGAGAAGAUAAAGCAGCUGAGCCCCGUGGUGCUUGAUAAUCCGAAGAAGGAGUAUUUUAGGGAGAUUGAGCCUCGGAAAGAGGCAAAUGAAGAGGUUGGUGGAGGUAGAGUGGCGCCGAGGAAUCCGAGGCUGACAGUGUAUGGAGGAGGAUUGGAGGAUGUUUCUGCGUUUUUCAGUAGUGGCAAGUAUGAGAGCGGCGCUGUUAAUAAAUCUCAAGGCACUCGUAAAUUGUUCUCACAAGAAGAGAAGGCAAUGAUGAAUAGGCGGGUUCCUGAUGUAGCAGUUGCUACCUCGGGGAAAUGGCAUCCUGUGCAUACCCUUGUUGCCGCGGGAGAAUUUUACCUCGUUGAUUCUUUGUUAAAGCACAACCUUGAUAUUAAUACCCCAGACAAGAAUGGAUUGACUGCAAUUCACAAAGCAAUUCUUGCCAAGAAGCAGGCUAUUUUUAACUUCCUUUUGAGAGAAUCAGCAAAUCCAUUUGUUCGUGACAAUGAGGGAGCUACCUUAAUGCACUAUGCUGUCUUCGCAGCUUCUAGUCAGAUGAUAAAGAUCUUGUUAUUGUACAAUGUUGACAUAAAUCUUCAAGAUAAUGAUGGAUGGACACCAUUGCAUUUAGCAGUGCAAUCCCGUAGGACAGAUAUACUGAGGCUUUUGCUGAUCAAGGGAGCUGAUAAAUCUCUAAAGAACAAGGAUGGAUUAACUGCUCUAGAUCUUUGCCUCUACUCUGGUAGAGAUACAAGAACUUACGAACUCAUCAAGCUCCUCAAACGCAUGUACUAGUGUUAGCCUAUGCACUCUCAAGCAAGCUGAAACUAAAGUGAAGCUUGCUCUCAAUCCUAAUGUUGAUGCUAAAUGUGAAAAUGAAGAUCCUUCAGUCAAGGACGUGGCAUCUACUCACAGCAUGAAGAGCUGGAAAGAUGUGCUCUUGGGACCACCUAAAACGUUGGCAGCAAGAGAGGGUGGCCAGCUCGCUCUUGUGGUCCAAGGCAGUUAAAUUUGUUGUGUUGUCACUCUUCUAUUGCUUGUGAUGGUAGAGUAUUAUUCCUAGUGUAGCUAUAUAUAUGUGUGCAGCACGUAAUUCCAAUCACAAUGAAUGAACAUACUAUUUCUGGAAAUAUGCAGUCUCUCUUUAUCUUCUA